CCGUGCGCCCGGGGACACCCAUGCAUGAUCCUAUCUUGCUCGCGCGUCCAACUGCCGCCGUCGUCCGCUGAAUGCUACCGCAUGAUCGUCCAGGCGGUGCCACAAAGCCCAGCUUCAAGCCCGCGUGCUGCUGCCGCUGCGCUGCGCCCAGGAGAAACUGCCAAAGCGGGAGCUCACCACUAACAGUCUAACAGCAGUAACAACCAACAAAAACCAAGCAGCCAACCAUGUCAUACGGCCAACAAUUCAAGAUCCGCGAGGUGCCCCCGAUCGUGCAGGAGCUGGUGGCCGGCGGCGUGCAGGAGCCACCGCGCCAGUACGUGGUUCCUGAGCAAGACCGUCCCACCGCGGCGGUCUCGGAGAUGCCCGAGCCCAUCCCAGUCGUCGACCUCAGCCGGCUGUCCGCCAACAGCGCCGACGAGCUCGCCAAGCUGCAGUCCGCACUGCAGAGCUGGGACCUCUUCCUGGUCGUUGGACAUGGAAUGGAUCCUAGUUUUCUUGCCGAGGUGAUGAAGGCCAUGAGGGAGUUCUUCAAGCUCCCGCUAGAAGAGAAACAGAAGUACUCGAACAUUGUCGACGGCAAGAAGAUGAGCUCGGAUGGAUACGGCAACGACAUGGUCGUGAUGGAAAAUCAGGUCCUUGACUGGAACGACCGUCUCAGCCUCCAAUUGGAACCCGAGUCGGAGAGAGCCUAUGCACGGUGGCCAACACAACCACCUUCUUUCAGAGACAUUCUAUGUGAGUACACGGUCCGAUGCAGAGCGGUGGCAAACAUUAUCCUGCAAAACCUAGCCAAGCUUCUCAAUUUACAGGAGGAAUACUUGACAACCAUGCUCGGCGAGAAGUCCUUAACCCAUGCUAUAAUCAACUACUACCCUCGGUGCCCCAUGCCGGACCAUGUCUUGGGCCUUAAGCCCCACACCGAUGCUUCGAUGAUCACGGUCAACUUCAUUGAUGCCGACGUCAGCGGGCUCCAGCUCCAGAAGAAUUGCAUCUGGUACAAUGUGCCCAUCGUCCCAAACGCAUUGGUUGUGAACAUAGGGGAUGUAAUGGAGAUAGUGAGCAACGGAUUCUUCAAAAGCUUGGUGCAUAGGGUCGUGACCAAUGCGGAGAAAGAGCGCUUGUCGUUGGUGAUGUUCUACGCGUUGGACCCAGAGGCGGAGAUUGAGCCGGUGCAAGAGCUGGUGGAUGACCAGAGACCUAGACGAUACAGGAAGAUGAAGAGCAAGGACUACCUAGCGAAAUUCUUUGACACUUAUGCAACAGGGAAACUAGCCAUCGACUCCAUGAGGAUCUGAAUUAGGAAUCCAAUAUGAAUAAGUUCAGUGAGUGUAUGCUCGUGUAUGAGAGCGACUUUCAUUAUACUGUGUUAAAAGAAGUUCAAUGAGUACUAUGGUCAUGUUUCUUCCAACGAUCAGUUUGUAAUGAGUUAAGGGCUUGGCCCAUGAAUAAUUUCUGAAAUUUCCAAUGUAAAUCUCAAAGGAUGACCAUGUGUAAA